UAAAAUUAGGGCCAUGGAACAUUUGAAGGAACUGUGCUUCAGUAUAGGUUUCACGAACAAGGAGAUACUUCAUCCUUUGGCACAUCAGCAUCACAUUGUCAUCAGUAUAAAGACUUAAAAAAAACAUAUGAGAAAUACGUCUUUUCCAAAGGGAAAAAAACAGGUGGACUUGGAGGUGGAUCGCUUUUAGACCAAAGGCUGUGGAUCUCCUCAGAUGUGACCUGAGCUGCUCUGCUGAAUCAGCAGAGCAGCUGGCACGUUGUGGAACAGCAAUCCUAUGUGUAGAAGGCAAGGCCCACUCCCUCUCAGCAGUAGGUGGUGAGGUAAAUAAAAAUGGUAAAUAUAUAAAUAAAUUACUCACAUGUUGUUACUAUUUUAUAGUAAAAAGUCAAAUGCUAUUUUAUGUCUCAGGUCACAUCUGAGGAGAUCCACAGCCUUCGGUCUAACCAGGAGGAAAUGGACACAAGAAUCAUUAUCUACUGUAACCACACUGCUGAGUUGGGGUUUACUUCGACAGUUGUCCGCACACCGGACAGUGAUGUUUUGUUCAUCUUACUGUACCACGCGCAUAACAUCAAGUUAACGGUGUAAAUUGGCAUCGGUACUGGGAAGGGCAGACAACUGGUGAAUGUGACUCAGCUGGCAAACGAUCUUGGCUCUGAAUACUGCAAGACCUUACUUGGGUACUAUGUCUUCAGUGGUGAAGAUUGCACCAGUGCCUUCAAAGGCAAGGGUGGACCCCUGAAGAAGCUGCAGAAGAACCCCAAGUACCAGGCUGCGUUCAGGUGACAUGGCUCUCGUUCAUAAUUUCACUUCCUUGACUCGAAUGACACUUGAAAGUUAACAGUGUUUUCCUAUUUCAGGGAACUUGGUGUGGAAUGGUGCCUCUCAAGCAGCUGCAAGGAGGACCUGGAACAUUUCACAUGCCUCAUGUAUGGUCAUGGUCGGGAAAAGAAAGUAGAUGCAGUGUGUGUAAAGAUGAUUCGCAAGAUGGUCAGAGACGAUGAGUCCCUCUCGGCCAAGUCUAAGGUGGACCUUGGACGUCUCCCACCACCACAGUGCAGUCUCUCCACCCAUCUUGAUCGCUGCAACCACAGAGUGGCAUGUUAUAAGCGAGCAGCUGCACCUAUUUUUGAGCGACCGAAACCAUAUGACUCAGAUCAGGUAAGAAUGGUUCAAUUUGGAUUUUCAUGUAUAACAAGAACAUCCAUGGUAUAAAUAACACUUUGACAUUCACCAGGGAUGGGAAACAAAUGAGGAGGGAGCACUUGAGCCUAUAUGGACUGCUGGACCCAUCAUGCCCUCAUCUCUGGUUGACAUACUUGCAGUGGAGGCUGAGAGCGAAGAAGAGGAAGAAGAGCAAGAUGAGACCAUUGAAGAUGACAUGAAUAAUGAUGAAGAGGACUAUUAAAAUUAAGCCGACUCUAGAUUUUGCUUUCAAACAUGGUUACUGUUCCUGAAAUCAGUUAUCACUACACAUAUUGUGCAUAAAACCAUUAAUAUUAAUUUCAAAGAGCAAUAUGUAACUUGUAGAAAAUGUACACAUGUACACUACUAUGGGGACUAUUAAAG